AGAGCCCGCGAGUGGGCCCUGAGUGGCGUCUGGAGACCCGGACCGCGGAGCCCGGAGCUGCGCCGGCCCGGCCGGGCGUCUCGGCCAGUGCGGCCAUGGACGCGCAGGAGUUGAAGACACUGGUCAAUUAUUAUUGUCAAAAGAAGUAUUUCCACCAUGCGUCCUUUGUUGCCCGUGAAGGAAUGAAGAAAUAUGCCAAUGACCCCUUCUUCCGGUUUUAUCAUGCGUAUUGCAUACUGAUGGAAGGUAAAGCUCAAGAAGCACUUCGGGAAUUUGAGGCUAUUAAAAAUAAGCAGGACGUUUCACUUUGUUCUCUCAUCGCACUGAUGUAUGUCCACAAAUUGAGUCCCAACCCAGACAGAGAAGCCAUCAUGGAAUUAGAUACCAAAAUGAAGGAGCAGCGGAAAGACGCCGGGCCCAAGACCCUGUACCAUGCAGGCUUGUUUUUAUGGCACAUUGGUCGCCUUGAAAAGGCGAGAGAAUAUAUUGACAGAAUGUUGAAAGUUGCAAAUGAUAGCAAUGAGGGGCAGAUUUUGAAAGCAUGGCUUGAUAUUGCAAGAGGAAAAGAACCUUAUACUAAAAAAGCACUAAGAUGUUUUGAAGAAGGAUUACAAGAUGGAAAUGAUAUUUUUGCUCUGCUGGGUAAGGUACAGUGUCUUGAGAAGCGCCAGGACUAUUCAGGUGCUUUGGAGACUGUGAACCACAUCAUCGUGAACUUCCCAGGCUUUCUUCCUGCUUUUGAAAAGAAAAUGAAAUUGCACCUAGCCUUGAAGGAUUGGGACCAGGCAGUUGAGACAGCACAGAGGUUGCUGCUUCAGGAUAAUGAAAAUGUCGAAGCUCUGAGAAUGCUGGCUCUUUACUACUUGUGCCGGGAGGGUGAUAUAGAGAAGGCUACUGUCACGUUAGAAAAGUUAGGAAAUGCACUAGAUGUUACGGAACCACAGAAUGCUCAACUUUUUCAUAGGAUUACAGUAGCCUUCAGCAGAACUUGUGGACGAAGCCAAGUUAUUCUUCAAAAAAUUCAAACAUUCCUAGAAAAAGCUUUUAGUUUAUCCCCACAGCUACCAGAAAUUGCAACAGAGCUUGGAUACCAAAUGAUUUUCCAAGGAAAAGCUAAAGAGGCAUGGAACUGGUACAAGACUGCCAUGGCACUUAAUGAGACCAACAUCUCAGCAGUAAUUGGACUUAUCCGGUGCCAGCUAAUGGAAGGGCAGUUACAAGACGCAGACCAGCAGCUAGAAUUCUUCAGUGAGUUCCAGCAGUCCAUGGGGAGAUCUGCGGAAUUAAUGUAUUUGCAAGCAGUUCUUGCUAUGAAGAAAAACAGACAACAAGAAGAAAUUAUAAACUUGUUAAAUGAUAUUGUGGACACUCAUUUUUCACAUUUGGAAGAUUUACCUCUUGGCAUAGAGUAUUUUGAGAAGCUAAAUCCUGAUUUCUUGCUAGAAGUUAUCACAGAGUAUCUGAAUAUCUGUCCAAUUCAACCUACAGAUCCUGGGCAGCCUCUUUCUCCAGUUCUCAGAUGCUGUACAUCAGUCCUAGAGACUAUCAUAAGAACUGUCCCUGGUCUUCAGAAAGCUGUCUUCCUGAUGGCUAAAGUGAAGUAUUUGUCAGGUGACAUCGAAGCAGCACAUAGCACCCUGCAGCGCUGCCUGGAGCGCAGCCCCUCGUGCGCAGAUGCUCACCUCCUCAUGGCCCAGGUUUACUUGUUUCAGGAGAAGGUCAAGUUGUGUUCUCAGUCGCUUGAGCUUUGUCUGAGCUAUAAUUUUAAUGUAAGAGAAUAUCCUUUAUAUCACUUGAUAAAAGCCCAAUCACAGAAGAAAAUGGGAGAAAUAGCAGAAGCAAUUAAAACUCUACAUAUGGCAAUGAAUUUGCCAGGAAUGAGGAGAAUUCAAGCUUCUUCAAAAUCAAAACUCACAAAGACCGAGGUCGAUACAAGCCAUCGCUUGUCAAUCUUUCUUGAGUUGGUGGAGGUUCACUGCUUAAAUGGAGAACAGCAUGAGGCAGCAAAGGUUUUACAAGAUGCUAUCCACGAAUUUUCUGGAACAUGUGAAGAACUACGUGUUACUAUUGCUAAUGCAGAUCUGGCUCUGGCCCAAGGAGAUACAGAGAGGGCUUUAAGUGUGCUUCGAAAUGUUACAACAGCACAGCCUUAUUUUAUAGAGGCCAAAGAGAAGAUGGCAGAUAUCUAUUUGAAACACAGAAAAGAAAAAAUGUUGUAUAUCACUUGCUACAGAGAAAUUGCUGAAAGAAUGCCCAACCCCCGAUCUUUUCUUCUCCUUGGUGAUGCAUACAUGAAUAUUCAAGAGCCCGAAGAAGCCAUAGUGGCAUAUGAACAAGCCUUAAAUCAGAACCCAAAGGAUGGAACACUGGCUAACAAAAUGGGGAGAGCACUUGUGAAAACUCACAACUAUUCAAAGGCAAUCACCUACUAUGAGGCUGCUUUGAAAAAUAAACAACACAGCUACCUUUACUUUGACCUGGCCGAGCUCUUACUAAAACUGAAACAGUAUGACAAAGCAGAAAAAGUUCUUCAGCAUGCUCUAGCUCAUGAACCUGUAAAUGAACUGUCUGUUCUCAUGGAAGAUGCACGUUCUCAAGUCCUGCUGGCAAAAGUUUAUAGUAAAAUGCAAAGACCUAAUGAUGCCAUCACUUCCUUACAACAGGCCCGAGAAUUACAGGCACGGGUACUAAAACGUGUUGAAAUGGAGCAGCCUGAUGCAGUUCCUGCACAGAAACACUUAGCAGCUAAAAUUUGUGCAGAGAUGGCAAAACAUGCUGUUGUUCAACAAGACUAUGAAAGAGCUAUAAGGUUUUACAAAGAGGCCCUGAUUCACUGUGAGACAGACAGUAAGAUAAUGCUGGAACUGGCACAGUUAUACCUUGCCCAAGAUGACCUUGAUGCCUCCCUGCGGCACUGUGUGCUACUUCUCCAGAGUGACCAGGACAAUGAACUUGCUACCAUGAUGAUGGCCGAUCUCAUGUUCAGAAAGCAGGACUAUGAACAAGCAGUAUUUCACUUGCAGCAGCUUUUAGAACGUAAACCAGAUAACUACAUGACUUUAUCUCGUUUGAUUGAUCUCCUAAGAAGAAGUGGAAAACUUGAUGAUGUUCCAAGAUUUUUCUCAAUGGCUGAGAAAUACAACUCCAGAAUAAAACUGGAGCCUGGGUUUCAGUAUUGUAAAGGACUACAUCUGUGGUAUACUGGAGAACCAAAUGAUGCCCUUCGACAUUUUAAUAAAGCUCGGAAAGAUAGUGAUUGGGGCCAAAAUGCCCUUUAUAAUAUGAUAGAAAUCUGUCUGAAUCCAGAUAAUGAAACUAUUGGAGGUGAAGUGUUUGAAAAUCUGAAUGGAGACCUGGGUAAUUCAACGGAGAAGCAAGAAUCUGUGCAGUUAGCAGUGAGAACAGCAGAAAAACUCCUUAAGGAACUAAAACCUCAGACCACUCAAGGUCACGUACAACUUCGCAUACUGGAAAACUACUGCCUGAUGGCUACUAAGCAGAAGUCUAAUGUUGAGCAAGCAUUAAGUGCCUUCACCGAGAUAGCUGCCUCUGAGAAAGAUCACAUCCCAGCACUCUUGGGAAUGGCAACAGCUUACAUGAUCUUAAAGCAGACUCCUAGAGCUAGAAACCAGCUGAAGCGGAUUGCAAAAAUGACUUGGAAUCCUGUUGAUGCUGAGGAGUUUGAAAAGAGCUGGCUCCUGCUUGCUGAUGUUUACAUUCAGUUGGCAAAAUAUGACAUGGCCGAAGAACUACUGAAACGGUGCCUGCGCCACAACCGAUCUUGCUGUAAAGCUUAUGAGUACAUGGGCUACAUGAUGGAGAAAGAGCAGGCGUAUGCCGAUGCUGCCCUCAACUACGAGAUGGCGUGGAAACAUGGCAACCAGUCAAACCCGGCCAUGGGAUACAAAUUGGCAUUUAAUUACUUAAAAGCAAAACGAUAUGUGGAUGCAAUUGGCAUAUGCCACCAGGUUCUUAAAACGCAUCCAACUUAUCCAAAAAUCAAAAAGGACAUACUUGAUAAAGCCCGCACAUGUUUAAGACCCUGAAAGCAAUGAUUUCACAGGGGAUGACAAGGCCUGACUUAGUCAUCCUUUUCAAAGGAGAUUUGAGUCCCAGCUGUAAAAUGCAAUGUUUUCUUUUCUCCAGCAGAGGCCACUGCUGUAUCUGAAGAGAUGUGCGGUGGUAUUGGUGUUUGCUAAUGGAGUAAUUGAAUGAGAACUGAUUGAUUUUCUGAUUUAAUUAGUGCAGAUUUUGUAGUUAGGUGAUAAAGACUAACUCAUUUCUGUAGAGAAUAGGUUUUUUUUGUUGUUAAAAUCUACACACAUGCUUAUUUUGUAAGGACUCCUAGUCUUUUUUUUUUUCAUCAAUUACCUUUAAAGUGUUAUCUGUUAAAUUUUUCACCAUAGUUCAUGCUAUAAUAUCAUAUAAUUUUGAAAAACUAUGUAUUCUAAAUGUAUAUUGUAAUAAAGGUUUUAUGACUA